CGCAACGCACUGAGGGAUCGCUUCCUAGGCGUAUUUUUGCGUCGAUAUUAUGCGUUGCGAUGCGGCUCGCCCCAAAAUUCGUUGGAACCAUAAGGAAAGUCAUCACUAUAGGGAACGUAACUGAUUCAAUUAUUGCGUUGCGGCGAGCCUAGUCGCGAUUCCAUUGUGAUCAAUAGCGACCACCGUACGCAAAGUGUUAAAACCCGCCACAGUGGCCUACUUAAGUGUGUCGCGUUCCGGAAAUGGCUUGUGUAUAUCCGGUUCAAAGAGACCAGCAUAAAUGUAUCGACUGGCGAGGGGUAAUCGUCUCUCAUCGGUCGACAAAUAUCUAGACUCCAUUCCGCUUUCCAUCAGCUUUUACGGCUUAUUAUCAGCCGUAGACUAAUCGAUUGCCUGGAAAUAGAUCUGAGAGGCGAAACACUAAGCCAAAUUAUCUAUACACUCCACAUUGUAGUAAGACAUGAGCAGGACGAAGACAAGUAAACAGAUAGAAUCUUGGUCAUGGAUGUGCUUUUCUUCUGCCAGUGCUCCAAAAAAGUGAUUGUUAAAACAUUUUUACUAAAACUUUAGUAUUUACCGGAUUGUAAAAAGAUUAUUUCAAACAUUAGGUACCUACUAUUUGUAACUGUGGCAUGUGUAAAAUGUACAUAAAAUAUACCUCAACAACUCGCUUGACUUUUAUUAACCCAGAAAAGCACUUCGAUCAAGAUAUAAAUGGCCGCAACAUAACUUAAUGUGUCGGACAGCCAUGUCAAUUUUUAUGCAAGCAAUGGAGACAGAUACGGAGAAGAAGUUUUUAAAUAGAAAUUUACAGAAUACAAAUGGUUUCCAAAGAAAAAACAGGGAUUACGAAUGGCAAGUGGUGUGGAGAAACGUGUUCGCUUUUAUUUAUUUGCACAUCGCCGCAUUUUACGGCAUCUUCCUUAUGGUCACCGGCAAAGCCAAGUUAUGGACCGCGUUAUUUGGAUUGCUUUUCGCCUUAUUGUCAGCAAUGGGCGUGACGGCAGGCGCGCAUCGACUUUGGGCGCACAGGGCGUAUAAAGCCAAGUGGCCACUUCGACUGUUCCUAGCUAUCAUGCAGACGAUGGCCUUCCAAAACCAUAUCUACGAAUGGGUUCGCGAUCACAGGGUGCAUCAUAAAUUCACAGAAACUGAUGCAGAUCCUCAUAACGCAAAACGAGGUUUCUUCUUUUCUCACAUUGGCUGGUUGAUGGUGAGAAAACACAAGGAUGUCUUCGAGAAAGGCGCUUCAGUUGAUAUGUCAGACCUAGAGAAAGAUCCUAUUGUUAUGUUCCAGAAAAAGACCUAUUUAGUAGUGAUGCCGCUCUUAUGCUUCGUCCUGCCCGCAUAUAUACCUGUUUAUUUCUGGGGCGAGUCUGCGUGGAAUUCUUGGUACAUCGCUUCAAUAUUAAGAUACACCAUAAGCCUCCACUUCACUUGGCUGGUGAACUCCGCCGCACAUAUAUGGGGCAACAAGCCUUAUGAUAAGAACAUAGGCGCAACUGAUAACAAGAUGGUAGCGAUCUUCGCUGUCGGCGAAGGCUGGCACAACUACCACCACGUGUUCCCCUGGGAUUAUAAAGCGGCAGAACUUGGAAACUAUAGCACCAAUAUAUCCACUGCGCUCAUUGAUUUUGCUGCGAAAUAUGGAUUGGCGUAUGACUUGAAAACAGUAUCUGCUGACAUGAUUAGGAAACGAAUCGCGAGGACCGGAGACGGCAGUCACCCGUGGUCGAAACAAGCAUUGGAAACAGAUGAAGAUCAUCAUCAUCCAGAAAAUCCUGUCUGGGGAUGGGACGAUAAAGAUAUGACAGACGAUGACAAAAAAUUUGCUCAAAUCGUCCACCAAAAAGAAGAAUAGUCUAAACUUAUAAUUGUGUUAAUUACAAGUUAUUUUCACUGCCUACAGUGUAGGCUCUUAUGAUGUUUAUUUAAUGUAAGGUUUACCACAGAAAAUUGCACAGGAGGAUAAUGCUACUAAUUCUAUCGAUAUUGUGUCUAGAUUUAUAAUAUCAUGGAGAUGAUUAGCUAAUUACAUAUUCACUGCUGAAUAGGCUUGUAUGGGAUUAGGCAGAUAGAUGCAAAAUUUCAUUCAGGGAGAUUUAUGGCGGAAAAGAGUAAAACAAAGCUUGUAAUUUAUAAGACAAAUUUUAAAAGGCGGUGCUAAAAAUUGUCUAAUUUGCGCGAUUUUAAUUUAAGAACUUAACUUUAAUUCGAAUUGGAAUUUGUUGUCCAAUACGUUGUAGAAAAAUAUAAUUCGUCUGAUGUUUUGAUAUCACAAAAGUCAUAUCCAUCACUUAAAAUUGUUAUUGGAAAGAUAUCUCAAGUACAGUGCCAGUGGUGUUUAUUUAUGUAUGUCUAUUACGUAUGUUGGUCUUUUCUAAAAUGUGUCUUGAUAAUCUACAUUUAUAAAAAUGAAUCCGUAUUUCCUUUGGUCACGCCAUCACGCAUGAACGGCUGGACCGUUAGCACAAUUUUUUUUGUUGUGUUUACUAUUGUCAGGAGAAAGUUCUUAUGAAAGAAAGAAAUCAAAAAAUUGCGCCGAAAAUUAUAAAAUUUGAGAAAACUUAACGACAAUAUUAAUUUUACAUAACUGUUAGAGGUUUGAAAUAACUGUCAGCGAUCGACAGAAUACGCGCGUGUAUACAUAGUUAAGACAGGACAACGUCUGUCGGGUCAGCUCUCAGGGUCAGCUAGUUGUAAAUAGAUUAUAAAAGUUUUACAAAAGCAAUAAGCAUCUUCAUUACACUUUAGCAGUCAGUGAAGUGUUUAAUAAAUAUAUUGAUGUGAUUGUAAUGCUCGAAUUUGUCGUUUCCUAUGACUGAUUAAAAAAUAAAGAGAAUUUAAUUUUACAUUAUUUCAUAUUUAAUUUUGGGGCUUACGCAUAGGUUUAAGGGCUUAUUUAAGUUUUCGGUGAUAAUAAAAAAAACUGUGAUGAGGGUCACAAAUAGAGUGAAAGACGUUUAUGUAUUGUAAUAAGUGAACGAAAAUAAACUAAAAAAACAUGAUAAA